CAAUCACCAGCCAGCUUCGGUCCAGCUUACCAGUCAGCGGGGCGGCCUAUCGCUGAGGGUAGCGAGGGUGGCGUCACCUCCGUCCGAGCCGCCCCCUACGCCCACCCCCAGCACCAGGGGCUGGGGCAGGAGUGCAGGUGUAGGGAGGAGACGGGGGCAUUGGGUGGAGGUGGUGCGCACAUCCUCGGCAGCCCGAUGCUGUUCGUCCCGUUCACGGUGCCCACCUUCCCCGCCACGCAUCAUCAGACGACCCAUCCUGCGCAUCAGACGCAUCAUCAACAGCUGCAGGCCACUACCCAGAACCCGGUGCAGCAGCCUCAACAACUCACGCAGCUCAAUCAGCUGAGCCACCUGAAUCACCAAGGCAUUGUACCGGCCACGACCAACCAACCGACCAUACACAGCACCAGCUGUUCGCCGCAGCAACAAGCAACCACACCGAACAAGGAGAUGAAAGUUAAUUGGGCCACGUCUCCGGGAAACCAACCAAAGCAAGACACCAGCAAACACUACCACAUAUUCGUAGGAGAUCUGAGCCCGGAGAUCGAAACGCAGACCUUGAGGGAAGCCUUCGCUCCUUUCGGCGAAAUCUCAGAUUGCAGAGUCGUGAGAGAUCCACAAACGCUCAAAUCCAAAGGAUAUGGAUUCGUUUCCUUUGUUAAAAAAGCGGAAGCGGAAAGUGCCAUCGGUGCCAUGAAUGGACAAUGGCUUGGUAGCAGGAGUAUUCGAACGAAUUGGGCGACUCGCAAACCCCCUGCGCCAAAAUCCGAGGGUGAGUAUAUAUAUAUAUACAUAUACAUAUACAUAUAAACACGUACAUACGUG